GCAGAACCCGGAUGCUGAUGCUGCUCGUGUCGGAUGAGAGUGAGAGAGAGCUAGAAAAUAGAGAAAGGCCUCAGUAACAGAGGGAGUGAUACCCUGCAGAACCGACUCUUGAAUACAAGGCAACCACACUUAACGGAUUAAAGCCAAGUAGUUUCACGCGACUGUAACACAAAGUCGAGAUUGAGAGGAUGACUCCACGCGCGGUAGCCGAGGUGACGGGAGGAGAGCGAGAGAAGAUGCUGUGAUAUGCACAUAGCCAGCGCGAGAGGGAGGGAGGGGGAGAGGAGGCUCCGACGCUAGUUAAAGAUGCUUGUUUUUUGACCAGGAAUGUGUUCUGCACAAAUAAAGCAAGGGAUUUCUGCAAAAAGAAGAAAAAAAAACCUCACUACGUAUAGCGUACAGCGAUGAAAUGUACACUUGUUUGGGACGCGCGCGGUGGAUUAAUUGCUGGAAGUGAUUGAAGACACUGAGGCUUUUCCUUCGCGAAAGGGUGGCUGUUUUCUCCCUUACUGUUCUCCAAUAUUUCCGGAUGUGAGGCCUGGAAUAAAUCGUAGGACGAUCAUCCUUGACAUAAACACUCUGACUCAAAUCAAAGACGAAACACUGAAUGCUGCUGACGCCUUAUUGACAAAAGAGGGAGAAUAUGCACUUAAAUUAGAAAAAUAUGUUUAAACAAGAUGUGCGGUUGUUUCGCAGAAUGGAUACGGCAAAGUUUUUCACAAAUAGGUCACUUCCAGUUUGAUGAUAACGGUAGGCUACAUGAAUAUCCUGUUUUAAAGAUACCGGAUAAUAUAAACCGAUGACUUAACCAGUCUGUCUAAUAUUCUUAUUGUCUUUAGCUGUCACAGUCAUUGUGCAUCAUAGCUGUUCGUAGCGUUUUCUCAAAACGCUUUUGUGAAUUAGUCACAAAAUAUAGUAUUAAUCGUGGCCCCCUCCAACAACUAUCACAGGCCCUUUAAACCGCAAUAACAGCUGUAAUCAGGGUAUAGGCCUGGCUUGACACACAACCCUAUUGUUUUGUUUUUAUUUUAUUCUCGCAAACGGAAAAUGUUACCGAUUGAUUUCCAUCAGAUGUUUGGGAGUAGGCCACGGCAGUGACAUCACGCCUCAGCAUCCCUGUGUCAUCGCUCGCCGUCUGUGAUGUCUGUACGGCGGAGCUAUUACGUGAGCAGGACAGAUUCCCGUGGAUACACUUUGAAAACACACUGAUUUACCCCAUACUGAGAAAUAAACGCGCAUUUGAACGAAAUGUCCAGUAAGGAGCUGUCGGGGAGUCAAGCAGCUCAGUAUGUCGGGCCCUACCGACUGGAAAAGACGCUGGGGAAGGGCCAGACAGGUCUGGUGAAGUUAGGAGUUCAUUGUAUUACAGGACAGAAAGUGGCCAUAAAGAUAGUUAACAGAGAAAAGCUAUCGGAGUCUGUUCUUAUGAAAGUGGAGAGAGAGAUAGCUAUUCUUAAACUAAUAGAGCACCCUCAUGUCCUUAAACUGCAUGAUGUGUACGAGAAUAACAAAUAUCUGUAUCUAGUGCUGGAGCACGUAUCUGGUGGGGAGCUAUUCGACUACCUUGUAAAAAAAGGCAGACUGACCCCUAAAGAGGCCAGAAAGUUCUUCAGACAAAUCAUAUCUGCUCUGGACUUCUGUCACAACCACUCUAUAUGCCACAGAGAUCUAAAGCCUGAAAACCUCCUGCUGGAUGAGAAGAAUAAUAUCAGAAUUGCAGACUUUGGCAUGGCCUCCCUACAGGUUGGGGACAGCCUGCUGGAGACCAGCUGUGGAUCACCCCAUUAUGCAUGUCCUGAGGUCAUCAGGGGAGAGAAAUAUGAUGGACGCAGGGCAGAUGUAUGGAGCUGUGGGGUUAUUCUUUUUGCUCUGCUGGUGGGGGCAUUGCCCUUUGACCAUGAUAACCUGCGUCAGUUGCUGGAGAAGGUGAAGAGUGGAGUAUUUCACAUGCCUCACUUCAUUCCUCCAGACUGCCAGGCUCUCCUCCGUGGCAUGAUUGAGGUCAGCCCUGAGAAACGCCUCACGUUAGAAGAUAUACAGAAGCACCCCUGGUAUCAAGGGGGAAGGAAUGAGCCCUGUCCAGAGCGGCCACCCCCGAGGCGUGUGUGUGUGAAGAGGAUUUUGUCGCUUACAGAUCUGGACCCUGAUGUUCUGGAGAGCAUGCAUUCCCUGGGCUGUUUCAGAGACCGUGUCAAACUCACCAGAGAUCUGCAGUGUGAAGAAGAAAACCAGGAGAAGUUGAUCUACUAUCUUUUGUUGGACAGGAAAGAGCGCUACCCAAGCUAUGAAGAUGAACAUCUUCCACCCAGAAAUGAUAUCGAUCCUCCCCGUAAGCGGGUGGACUCGCCCAUGUUGACCCGUCAUGGGCGCUGCCGGCCAGAGAGAAAGAGUCUGGAGGUACUGAGUGUGACAGAGCAGGGCUCUCCGACACCUCCCCGCAGAGCACUGGAUACCUCUGCACAUAGCCAGAGGUCUCGCUCAGUUAGCGGAGCUUCAACCGGCCUCUCGUCCAGUCCCCUAAGCAGCCCGAGAAGCCCAGUUUUCACUUUCAGCCAAACUGAGGUCACCUCUGCUUCCACCACCCAGUCCAAAGACCCCAAACCAGGAAGUUCCACCACAACCAGGGUGUCCCAACGUGCGCCUGACCAAAAAACCCAGACCUUACCCUCCAAAGCACCCUCAGAGCGUCCCCACCUGCAGACUAUGAAGUCCCUCCCCCUGCAGACUCCCCCGUCUCCUUCCCCUUCCCCCUCUCCGCUCCUCUCCCCCAUCCCUCGCUUCUUCUUCCCUACUCCUUCUGUCCUGAAGUCUGUCACUAAGACCAUCUAUCCUAACUCUGCCCAUGUGUCGCAGGUUACCCCACAGGGUUCCCCACUCCCCACCCCUCUGGGGACCCCUGUGCACCAUCCCCAGCACCCCCCUCCCACCCCGCCCUCCUCCUCCUCCUCUUCCUGCUCCUCACGAGCUGAAGGGGGUGGUGGUGUGGGUGGUGGUUCCCUCUCCCUAACCCCACCCUCCAGCCCUGGGGGAAGUGGUGGAAUGGCUGCCAGUAGUUCUGCCCACUGGAGGACACGCCUAAACUCCUUCAAGAACAACCUGCUGGGUUCGCCACGCUUCCAUCGCCGAAGACUUCAGGUUCCUACGUCAGAGGACAUGUCAAGUUUAACCCCAGAGUCCAGCCCAGAGCUGGCGAAGAAGUCCUGGUUUGGAAAUUUCAUCAGUCUGGAGAGGGAAGAGCAGAUUUUUGUGGUGAUUAGAGACAAACCACUGAGCUCUAUCAAGGCUGAUAUUGUCCACGCCUUUCUAUCAAUUCCCUCCCUGAGUCACAGUGUGAUCUCUCAGACAAGUUUCCGGGCAGAGUAUAAGUCCUCUGGAGGUCCGUCUGUCUUCCAGAAGCCUGUUAAAUUUCAGGUUGACAUUGCCUUCUCUGAGGGAGAGAGAGAACGAGAGAGGGAGAGAGAGAGAGAACGGGAGGGAAAAAGGGAAACUGGCAUCUACAGUGUCACCUUCACCUUAUUAUCAGGUCCUAGUCGCAGGUUUAAAAGAGUGGUGGAGACUAUUCAGGCUCAACUUCUCAGUACACAUGACCAGACCGGUGUGCAGACACUUGCAGAUGAGAAGAAUGGGCUUUCAUCCCGCCCACCCAGCACACCAACCCGUCAGAACUCUCGUCGCUCGGAGGGGGGGGGUGAUCGCAGUGAGCGGGCAGAACGAGGAGAGCGAGGAGAAGGGAGCAGUAUUGGGGGCAGUGGGAGUGUUCUACAAAGGAAAGGGUCUGGCAAGGAUAAAACCCGCCUCCUUUCCUCAAAUGGAACCCAGUCUCAGCCCUAAGUGAACUCUUCAGAAUAUCUGUAGUGGGCACAAUAAGCCCUUCCCCUGUUUUCCCCCUAGACACGACUCCCUCAUAGACGAUCUGCACAGUAAAUAACAACAGGUAUACUCAGCCCAGAUUCUCACAUUACUAGCGGAAACCCUGUGGUCCAGCUGUAACAGUUAGAUAGUCAGGAGUCUAUCCACAUGAAAGUGUUCUUACUCCUUGACGUGCAAAUAAUCAACUGAAGAAAAACUAAACUUCCAGAGACGAUGAAAUCACAAAUCUUUCUUAGGAGCAAUGGAUUCUAAAUGUGAAAACAAGGUAUACAGCUCAAUGUAAACCCCAGCUAUAAAUAAUUUUGUUCAGCAACAAGGAGUUUGACAUCCAUGGUCAUACCCAGUAAUCUAAUGACAACAAACUGUCUAUGCAGACAAGCUUAUGGAGGAACAAACAGCAAGUGGGACAGGAAAGAAUCUUCAUCAUCAUCAUUGACAUCAUCACUGUUAUCAUCAUUCUAAUGAGCAAUGAUCCAUCUGAAAAUCCAUAAGAAUAUCACAAUGAGUUGUUUAAGAUAGUGAAAAGGAAACUGAAAGUUGUUAAUUCUUAACACCACAUGGAGAACAAAAAGGUAUAUUAAAAAGGAAUAAAAAAUAGUGGAAUCUACAUUUGAUAACCCUAGGAUGCUACUUGAAGUAGUCAAAGUCCUUUGUGGCUAUACUUUCAUGAGUUAAGCACAGAUUAUGCCUUCUACCUGGAAAAAACUAGUGCGAUGUUUAGUGUUGGAAGAUAUGGGCUACUUUAAACACUAAUCAUUCAUACUCAUGUUGUAGAUCCUGAACUGUGAUAUUUUGUAGGUCCAAAACUAUUUGACAAAAUCAGUAGUUUCAGAAACGUAGGCUAGAGAUGCCCACUGGAAGAUGCUUACUCAUUGGUCUGUUGUAAGUCAUCGCAGUUCUCAGAGAUUCUCAAAUUCACUCCCCCACUUACUAAGCAGGGCACAGAGAAAUGAAGAGACAUCAAGAAUCCUAUGACAUGUUAAUACAGAAACCGGAGGAACAAGAUAGCCAGAGUCAAACUCUCUAGUGUCAUACAAAGAAGCAAGGAGAGGAAAAGAAUCUUAAAGGCCUCUACCCUAAUGUGAUGUUUGGUAGAAUUUCCCAAAUGAAUGGAAGUCAAAAAGUCAUUUUGGUUUCCACUUUUAUACUUAUAUUUUUGAGAUGAGGUGUGAAAUGUUUGCCAUCAACAAAAUGUAAAAAACAAAACAAAAAACAAACAAAAAACAAACAAAAAACAAAACAAAACAAAAAACAAACAAACAAACAA